AUGAGGUUUACGGCAACUCUGUCGGCCGCCUUGUUGGCUUCCGCGACCCAGGCGAAAUACAUUGUACCUGGUGGGCGCUGGCAAGACACCGAGGGCAACCUGGUCAAUGCUCAUGCAGGGUGCGUGUACUUUGACAGGGAGAGCUCGAAGUUCUGGCUGUUUGGCGAGUACAAGAUUGAAGGACAGGAGGAAGGUGGCGGAAUCUCGGUAUACAGCUCCGACGACCUGGGGACUUGGGAAUCGCACGGAUUGGCCCUCGAGCCGAUCGAAGGCCACGAGUACAUCUCCCCCGAGCACAUCAUCCAGCGGCCGAAGGUCGUGUACAGCGAGGAAGCGGGCCAAUACCAUAUGUGGUGGCAUGCGGAUAACUCGACCUACGGCUGGCUCCUCCAAGGCCUAGCAACAUCCGACACUGUCACUGGCCCAUACGAAUUCGUCUCCGCGACCUCGCCACUAGGGAACUGGAGUCAAGACUUUGGCAUGUUCACGGACCGCACCGACGGCAGGUCGUACGCUCUCUACUCCAAUGGCGAUAGACUGGAAGGCAGAGAUGUCUAUUUGACCCGGUUUAACACCAACAUCACUGCCCUUGACGAAGUUAUUUACCGAUUCCCCAAGUACGAUCUCGAAGCCCCGACUAUUAUCCAGACCGACCAGAGCUACUGGGCAUUGAUGAGCCACAAGACAGGAUAUCGUCCCAACAACGUCGUUGCAUUCCGUGCCGAUAAGCUGAGCGGGCCGUGGUCCCAACCCUUCAUCGUCUCUCCGCUCAAUACGCGCACAUUCAACUCACAAUCCGGGUUCUCCAUCCGAAUCGACGGUACAAAGAAAACUACAUAUCUGUACCUCGGCGACCAGUGGGACUCCAACUCUCUUUGGGAGUCACGGUAUAUCUGGCUCCCGCUGCAGAUCGACGAGAAGAAGAAGACCCUUGAGGUAGAGUGGCAUGAUGUUUAUGAUCUCGAUGUAAAAACCGGAGAAUACCACGGUGUCAAGGGGAAAACAUACAAAGCCAGCAAGGCAACAACAAACGGAGACGCAUAUCUUCAGGAAGCAAACUUCGGCACCGACGGCGUCAUCGCUACCGGCAUUUACGGCAACGACAGUACAAUCACAUUCGAGGAUAUCGAAGGCACCGGCAAGCCGCAGUGGGUUUCCUUCUACUACCAGAAUACCGACGACAUGGGCUUCGGCGAUCAACCUGGCGGCACACCCGACCGCAUCGGCGGAAGCUGGCAACUGCGCCGUAUCUCGUCCGUCGUCGUCAACGGGGACACGGAGAACGUGCAGACCCUGUACCAGCGGGACACGCACAAGGGCAUCAUUCUCUCGACGCCGUUGCAGUUGACUCUUAAGAAGGGGAAGCGCAAUACCAUUACCGUUGGGGGCCUGUACAAUGGGUUCGACUAUAAGGGCGCGGAUCUGGAUCGCAUUGUGGUUUAUCCGCCUGAGGAGUGA